AUGUCUUCAAGUGGGCUUCAGGCUCUGCCAGCAGAUUUGUUUCAUCUCCUAUCAGCAGAGCUAUCAGAUCGAUUGGACUUCUCUACACUUUACAACUGUGCUGUUAGCAGCAGACAGCUUGCGAACGCUGGUGCCGUCAAUGCACUCUAUCGUAUCAGCGCUCAAGCUCCAGUAGCCAGUGGCGGAGAAGGUCUGCCCUUGGCGGAGCAGGAACUGGUGGUACAACGAUGGUCAAUCCUAUGGCGGACGAUAACAUUGUCAGCAUUUGGGAAGACUGUGUUUCCUUACUGCCGUCACCUACGGUACUUGGACUUGAGAAACCUUGGUCAACUCCUAGAAGACGACAAAUUCAGAGGUAAAAUCUCGAAGCAUUUCUUUUCUGGCGAGUUGGCCGGGUUCCACCACGUCUUGCAGACUCCGGUCGGCAAGGGGCGUGCAGCACGCCUGGAUGUUAGGAAGAUCAUCGCUGGCAUUGGCAAUGUCAUCACUCAGAACGCGCCGCUGCUGGAAGCUCUCUCUGAACCGGCAGAUGCAAACAUCUUCUCACACGCGCUCUUGGAAUGGGCCCCCCGUCUGCCCAAGCUAAGAUCUUUAGAUUUAUGGGACGGCAAAGCGUUGGCGGAUGAGACUCUUCAGACUCUUCUGCACGCCCAUUGUCCAAACUUGAGCAGCUUGAGGAUAUACCUGUCAGUCAAUGAGGAUGCGGACCACGCCUUGGCCACGUUCAUCAGCGGUAUGCAGGAGAACCAACUCAGAAACUUUGAGAACAUUGGCAGCUGUCGCAUAGGUGCUGAGACGUGCCUCGCAUUGAAUCAUCAUGGUCGAAGCCUAGAGUCACUCAAGCUCUGCUUGGCUAAUGAGGAUCUCCCAGCUCUUGGGCUAUUGCAAGGCUGCACUGCUCUGGAAAUUCUGGCCCUUGCUUCUACAGAACGUAACAAUCCUGUGGACCUCAAGGCAACUCAGAACGAUGCCUACCUCGAGAUCAUAGAUUGGCUCGCGAAAUGCAGCUCCCUCAAAGAAAUCGGCUUUACGGACUUCGUCUCGGCGCCCGACCUGCUUCUUCCUGUUCUAUUGAAUAAGGACGUGACGUUGCAAAAGCUUCAGAUUAAUGCCAAUGAGAACACCAUGUACAUCGUCAAAGACCACCACGACUUCCACCAAGCUCUUAGCCAGCAACCCGGUCUCCGUCGCCUGCUCUUGAGAGCGGAUCCAGAUCCUAUCAGCAGCUCUGAUGACAUCGACACUUUAAUGAAUGCCUUCUGCUCACUCAAGGAGUUGCGAGAAUUGAAUCUGAUACGAAUUUCGGAUUACUUUUCCAACAAGCAUAUCGCUGACAUUGCCGAAAAGCUGUCCAAUUUGGAGGACCUCUGUAUUGGUGGCUAUGGCAUUGACGAUAAAGUCUUUGCGAAACUCGCCGAGCUACGAAAUUUGCGCUCCCUGACCUUCAACGGCAUUACCUCAUUCAGUGUCCACGGUAUCCUCGACUUCAUUGAUAAGCUUGGAGAGGGCAAUCGAGGUCUUCUGCUAUCGAUCGAUGCUGCUGAUCCUGAUUCGGCCAUUCCACAGGAGUGUCAGGAUAUGAUUCGAGACGUUAUUGCCCAGAAGCUGGAAGGAAGAUUCGACUACACCUUGCUGAGAGACCCCAAUGUUCCCGAAUUUGAUACCGAUGAUUCGGAUUGA